UAUAGUCUUUACACAUAGCCAUAUAAAGGCGUCCAUGAAUGGAGUACACUAGUUGAAUAACAUGGCGCUUAGCAUAAUAUUAGCAAGACUAGCUACGUAAAGUAAUGUAAAAGCGUUGACGCUGCACGUGCCGUUGUAGAAGCACAAGGUUACACUGACGCGCUGGGAAAAGGGUCACGUGUUCAUCCUGCACAAAGGGUUAGACACAUAUGCGUGCGUGCAAGAGGGAACCUAAGCAUUGGUUUAAUAAUCGUCAUCAUAAUGUUAUCUCCAAGUAGAUACAAGCCCUUCCUCCUGUAGUGUGUUGCAAUAUCAAAACAGUCACGUGACUGUGAAGAGACAAUCGGUACAAAAUCAGACAACAAUAAUAAUACUUGGACAUGGCUCAGACGGCGGGAUUUGGACGGAAAUAUGUGAAAGCGUUUGUGAGCGGGUUCUUCGUAGCCGUUCCCGUCACAGUGACCGUGUUGGAUCGGCUCGCCUACGUGGCGCGGGUGGAAGGAGCAUCCAUGCAGCCCUCUCUGAACCCUCAGGGAUCCUUGUCGUCUGACGUCGUUCUUCUGAACCGGUGGAGUGUGAGGAACUAUGAGGUGCAGCGUGGGGAUAUCGUAUCAGUCGUGUCUCCCAAGAACCCAAAACAGAAAAUUAUCAAGCGCGUCAUUGCUCUCGAGGGAGACUUCAUCAAGACUCUGGGAUAUAAAAACCGUUACGUGCGAGUUCCAGAUGGACAUCUGUGGAUCGAGGGCGACCAUCAAGGACACAGCUUUGACAGCAACACCUUUGGACCGGUUUCACUCGGACUCCUCCAUGGCAGAGCAUCUCAUAUCAUAUGGCCUCCAAAUCGCUGGCAGAGGAUCAGACCACGUGUUCCAAAUGACCGCAGACCUAUAUUCAAUGGGAAGGAAUCAACAGAAGACGACAACGAUGAUGAUGAUGAUUAUGUUGACGAUACAAAAUGACCUCUUAAAGGGGAGUUACACAGUUUCUCGGUUUCUCACAGUUACACAGACUCUUACAUGCAGGACAGAUUGUGUGAUGGUCGAAAAUGUUUGAGUUGCCGAUGUAUGCUAGUAUGUGUGUUUUUUUUAGAGGUAGGAUGAGGAGGUACAGUAAAUAAAUUUGAUAGAUACUGUAAUA